GGUUCUAAAUGGCUUCUAAGAAGUCAGGAUCUGACUUUCAUGGGCCCUUCAGUUACCUUGACGAUGUCCCAUUCAAGAUAGGAGACAAGUUUAAGGCUCCGGCUAAAGUUGGCCUGCCCAUUGGCUUCUGCUUGCCUGACUCGCCGCAACUCGUGAGGGAAGCCCAGUAUGACUUCUCCCUGGAAAGGAGGACCAUCGAGUGGGCUGAGAACAUCAAAAGAAUCCAGGCCGCCCAGGAAGAGGCCGAGCGGAAGGCGGAGGAGGAGGAGGCCCUGGUCAAUUCCCGGGCGGCCGUGGAGGAGCAGAGCCAGGCCGGCUUUGCGGAAGGCUGCGGGCCUCGGGCUGUCAUGCCGCCUCCCAUCAACCCCAUCCUCGCCAGCCUGCACCACAACUACAUCCUGACCCCAACCCCAGCCAGCAACAGCGCCCUGAAGCAGAAGGUCCUGAGCCCGCUCCACACCAAGGCCGACUUCAACCCGGCGGACUUCGAGUGCGAGGAAGACCCCUUUGACAAGCUGGAAUUAAAGACACUUGACGACAGGGAGGAGCUGAAGAACAUUCUGCAGAUCCACGUCGGCACGACGGGGCCGGUUGUGGCCCAACCGGGAGACAACAGUGGUGUUUCCAGAGCGUUGCCUGAGUCCGUGUUGCAGGGCCAGGAAGUCCUGGCCACGUUGGACCUCAAGCCCCUCCACAAACCGAACGGCCUGAUUGCCUUGCCACAGCUGGGGGGCCACGAAAAGAUGUCGCUGUCUUCCAAAGUGUCCCUCUCUCCCGUGACAUCCGUGAGCAAUAUCAAAUCUCUCUCGUUCCCGAAGCUUGACCUGGAUGAGAGCGACUUGCAGACGGCGAAGCUCACGAACGUGUACCGCAGCGCCAGCUGCCUCCGCAACGGCACUUUCCUCAGCUCGUUGCAGAGCAAAGCCGGCGAACUGAAUGGGCACCGCGUGGCUGGGCUGUCUGAGCUAAAUGUGGACAGUGGCCCAGAGACACGGACUCUGUCCUCCACGUCCCUACUGCCUUCCCUGCCCACUUCAGUAGCGUGUACAGAAGAAACUCCCUCUCUCACCACGGCCACAGUGGUAACUCACCAAAGCUUCUCGACAUCUCAAGUGCCCAACGCCACCAGCUGUGCGAAAUGGCCUGGCAGCCCCACGUAUGAAGGCGACCUGCAGGCCCUUUCCUCCAGCGAGAGGCAGUGCGUGGAAACGGUAGUCAAUAUGGGCUACUCCUGUGGGGAUGUCCUGAAGGCGAUGAAGAAGAAGGGGGAGAACAUAGAACAGGUUCUGGACUACCUGUUUGUCCACGGACAGCUCUGCGAGAAGGGCUUCGAUCCACUCCUUGUAGAAGCUGCUUUGGAAAUGCACCAGUGUUCAGAGGAGCAGACAACAGCACUCCUCCAGCUAAUGAGUAAAUUUAAAGAAAUGGGCUUUGAACUGAAGGACAUAAAAGAAGUUUUAUUAUUACACCACAAUGACCAGGACAAUGCACUGGAAGAUCUAAUGACCCGGGCAGGAGCCAGCUGAAGAGAGGGCAGAGGAGCCCGCCCCUGGCCCUGCCAGCCUGAUCCUCGCCAUCGUCAUGCGGCUC